UGUUCGUAGCAUUUCAUUUGUUAUUACCGAGUUGAACCACUGGGCUCGGCUUCAUUGUUUAGUAUCAGAGCAAACCUCCUUUUCCCCAAAACACCUCUUACACGCUGCUUCUUGCCUUCGUGCCCAAAACAGGGAUUUACCGGCUCUGCUGUCCAGCCAAGGUUUCCUCUGCAUUGGUUCCGCGGCACUCGAGUAAUCUCAAGGAAAGGUUCUGCUAAUGAUGCGCGGAGGAAGAAAAUCUGCGGAGUUUUUCGCUAGCUCUACUGCACCAAACUAAACUCCUGCUAUAUACAUUAGCCUUUGGGAGCAAAACAAUUGAAAGGCAAAUCCUUAAAGAAUGUCUUCAGUUGCUGGACGAGAUAUAGCAGACUACCGUAUAAGUGUGGUUCAAAGUCCGCCCGGAUGGGAGGUAGGGAUUUAUAUUGCUGGUUUCCUGGUGCUACUGGGAGUUGUGGGAGUGAACUUGUGGAAGCUGUGGAGAUCUGGAAGCUAUCCCACCCCCUCGCCUUUCCCAAACUUCGAUUUCAGAUACCUUGAGCAGAAAUACGGGACUUCCUGCUCGGAGGUCAGACAGAAGAGAGUAGCCGCUUCAAACCACAAGAAAGCUGCAGAGAAGACGCCUGUGAGCCGCAAGUCCAGCUUAAGGAUCGAUGACAACUACGAGAGCAUCAAUGAGCUGGGCACACUGGAGCUGAACAGAGACAUGGAGCUGACUCCAUAUGGGCCGAUGCGCCGAUCCCUCUCCACCGACUCCCUCAGCUCCAUCUCCUCCAUCGGGAACAACUUUGGCCAGGACUUCAGCGUGGGACAGGUGGAGGUCAACAUGGAGUAUGAGCUACACUCCAGCAGCCUGCAUGUCACCCUGGUGCAGGGAAAAGACCUGCUGGAGAAAGAGGAGAUCAACUUCGAGUCGUGCUUCGUGCGCAUCAGCCUGCUUCCCGAUGAGCAGAUCGUGGGUAUCUCCCAGAUACAAAGGAAUGCUUUUUCAGUGCUCUUUGAUGAGAAGUUCUCCAUUGCCUUGGACCCCUCAGCACUGGAAGAGAACAGCCUGCGCUUCUCUGUAUUCGGCAUCGAUGAGGACGAGAGGAACAUCAGCACAGGGGUGGCAGAGCUGAAACUGUCUGAUCUGGACCUGUCCAUUCGACCUUUCAAUGCCUGGCUCUACUUGCAGGAUGUCAAUAAGGCAGUCGACUCAGUGGGUGAAAUCCUGCUCUCGCUCAGCUACUUGCCGACUGCGGAGAGGCUAACGGUCGUGGUGGCCAAAGCCAAAAAUCUGGUGUGGACAAAUGAGAAGAACAGUGCAGAUCCAUUUGUCAAAGUUUAUGUCCUCCAAGACAACAGGAAAAUUAGCAAGAAGAGGACAGCUGUGAAGAGAGAUGAGAACAAUCCCAUCUUUAAUGAGGCCAUGAUUUUCUCAGUACCAGCCAUUGUGCUGCAGGACCUGUCACUCAGAGUCACGGUGGCGGAGUACUGUGAAGAUGGCAGAGCUGAGAAUGUAGGUCACGUGAUCAUCGGGCCCGAAGCCAGCGGGAUGGGAAUCACUCACUGGAACCAGAUGCUGGUCACUCUGAGGAAACCUGUUUCCAUGUGGCAUCCACUCCGCAGGAAUUAACAUCCUCCCCACUUCACUCCAAAUAGAAAUGUCUUCUUGCAUGGUGCCUAAUUCUUAUAAUAAAUCUACAUUGGCAUAUAGGGGGCAAAAUAAUAAUGUGGAAAAAUAAAAGGCUAUUUUUUCUAAAAUCCUUCUACUCUACUUUUAUUAUCUUUUGAAACUAGCAGUAGAUAUUGUGGUGUAUAAAAAAGACGGAUGGAGUCAGGCGUUUCAUCUGGAACACUUUUCAGUAACAGUAUAAUAUUGAUUUAUCUUUGAUAAUCUAAAUAAAGAUAAUACACCUUUAUGACCUCAGUGUUAUUUACAAUAGAGAGCUGAAUAACUUUGAUUUUGGUACCACUAUUUAUUUAUACGUAGUAAUGCAUUGUUUUGAUAGAAUGCUAAAUUAAUUCUAAGUAGGCUUGCACCUUUGUAGAUGUUUAUUUUUCAGGACCUCAUAAGAUACUGUAAUAAGUCAGUCUCCUUGUAUAGUCAGCAUUUGACUGGGGUUCUUCAUUGGCACAUCAUGACAAAUAUGUUCCUCUAAAAGGUCAGUAGUUUAUUAUAGUAUUUUGUGAACAUGAAAAUAAAUAUUUAAAAAGAAGCCAGUCUAAUUAUUAGCUUGUAUGUACAAAAAAUAAUGCCAUUUGAAACUGGAAAAUAAAAUAAUAUCCUCUAUUAGGAAAGGUCUACAAAAAGGAUAUCAUAGGACUCUUGAAGGUGUGCAGGAAAAAUAAAUACAUAGAAAAAUCAGGUUCAUUUUAAAACUUGGUUGUGACUUUUCUACUUUACUUUGAGAACGUGCCAAAUCUACUGUGAAUGGAACAACGUUUUAAGAGUGUGCAUUUUCGUAGUUGAAGGGGGUCAUAGCUAGAUAAUGGUAACUCACAGAGGUUUUGAAAAAAAAAACUGAAGAAUCAUAUCUUUUUCAAUCUGUUGAUGCACUCAUCAUUAACUUAACAGCUAUUUAUUUAAACCUCGUUUGACUGAAUUUUAGAAUAUGCGUCAAUUAAAUGUGUUUGAUUUAGUGUGAACUGUCCUCUACACACAUUACUUCAUUUAAUUUGCUACAAAGAUAACAAAAUAUAUUGUCCUGCAAAGCUGAAAACAAGCACAUGUCUGUUGGGGCUUUCUGUGUGUACUCAGCUGCCUAGAUUAAUAUUGGCACAUCCUGAUUCAAUCACAAUGGACAAUUGAAGAAAGCACUGCAGGCUAGAAUGUCACUGAUAUUGUUAUCUCAGUAAUGAUUUCUGGAUUUCCAUUGUCUUGCCCCAAGCCCUUCGUUUCAUGAACUAGAGUGUAUUAAUAGUUUUUCGAUGCAUGGAAUUUUGCAGAUUUAUCAAAAGACUUUUAUGGAAUGUGUCAUUAAGAAAAUGUUGUGUUCAGUAUUCUUUUAAAUAAAAAAAUAUAUAUCUUAAA